AUGCUAGUAAAUCAGCAGCUACCAGUUAAAGGAGGGCCCUGGAAAGACAUAUGUCAUCUAAAUAUAAAAGAGCAGAGGAUAAAAGACAAAAUGCUUACUGGCCUGGCAAUAGAGGUAGGGAAUGAGAGGUGUACCCUGUUUUGGGAAGAUAACUGGCUGCAAGGUGGCUCAUUGAAGGUUGCUUUUCCAAGAUUAUUCUCUGUUUCAAAUCAGCAGGGAUCGAUGAUAUGGGAUUGUGAAUUUUGGGAUGAGCUUGAGUGGAUAUGGAACUUCCAGUGGCGGAGAGAGUUGUUCCAAUGGGAGCUUGAACUUGUCCAUCAACUUCAUGAGCGGCUAAGGCCGGUGAAGCUGUCAGAUGGUAAAGAUGACAAUAUGGUUUGGAAGUUUGAUAGUAAAGGGGUAUUUUCUACCAAGUCUGUUGUGCAGGUCUUACAAUCGGAGACUCUGUCGGAUGAGAUAAUGAGCUACAGUUACACAAGUUCAGUUUGGCAAGGGAUGGUACCGCUGAGAAUUGAGCUUUUUGGGUGGUUUGUGCUCAUUGGUAGAGUGAAUACUAGGGAGAGGUUGAGUAGACUAGGCGUUAUUAGGCUCAGUGAUACUCUCUGUGUACUAUGUAAGAAGGAGAUAGAGUCGGUAGAGCAUUUGUUUCUCCUCUGUGAGUUAACAUGGCAAGUGUGGUGCAGUUGGUUGAGGUCUUUUGGGGAGGUGUGGGCUAUUCCUGGAACCAUAAGGGAACUGUUUGAGAGGUGGACCGGUAGGCAUAAGCGAAAACAAGAGCAGAAGAAAUGGUUGUCGGGGUUCUUUACAGUUAUUUGA